AUGGUCACCUUUGCCUUGCCCAGCAGCGAUGGCGACUCCGCCCCAGCCACCAACGGCACGCCACGGGCGCGUCCUCCUCUGCCCUUUGCGAAGCGCUCAUAUGGCGCUUCGCCAUUUGCCAAGGGGCCAUCCAAGCUCCUCGGCACUCCUCAGUCGGCGCCGUCGCGCCGAUUCUUCUCCAACCGAGGCGAGACGCCAUCUACCUCGCUCAACAAAAGCUCCAUCUCGACAGCUCGAAAUAUCUUUCAGGCCUCGGCCAGCGCGCAAAGCCCACCUGCCGGCUUAUUCUCGCCGAAUUUGCCGCAGAGUACGAUGAAGAAGGUCUUUGCCCCGGGCGCGACCCCCGAGCCGUCGCGAGUUUAUAGAGAAUCUACAGCAAGUGCUGCGCCGCGCGGAAUGGCGGCCAAGUCGUCAGAUAAGGAUCUUUUCCCUAUGCGCAUUUCAUCGCCACCACGCGAGCUUACUGGCGAGGCUCUCGCUCAAAAAGUUCCCAAGGAUUGGAACUCGAAGGGUUCCAUCUACAGCGAUCAGUUUCUGAGCCAUCUUUGCCCCCCUGAUCUAGAUGAAGAGCAGCGCAGACAGUUUUUCUGCAUCCUUGAUCUUCGUCGUCUGAAAUAUGCUGCGAACGAGAUCUUUGCGCGAAAGGAUUGGAAGCUCAAUGUCAUCAACUUUGCCAAGGAGUUUGAGAAGAGCCGAAGCAUCAUUCUGCUUCGCUACGGCCUUUACGAGUUCCAAAAUGUUAAGCCUUCGAAGGAGGUCCUGAAGAGAUGGCGCCGCGAGCACGGCCUUCCUGAGCCGCAAGAGGAGGAAGCGGAAGCCCCAGUUGCGACUCCUUCUAAAUCUUCUUCGUCCAAAAAGCGCAAGGCCGACGAUGACCUGACUAAGGACACGGCAAGCAGCGAUGCCAAGAUCUUGGGCAAACGCCAAGCUACUGAGGUAGUUCAUGAAGUGGCAGCCCCCGUAGCUACGCCUCAACCCUCAGGCAAGAACAAGCGCAAGGCCUCCACCGACGAAGAGGAACAACCCUCCAAGCGAUCCACGCCCUCUGCAACUAAGGCUCUUUUCGAGAAGAUCACCAAUAACUCUGCCGAGGCUUCCACUCCCAAACCGAACCCUUUUACUCACAAGCCUACCGCUGGUGGUUUGGCUCGCUCCGUCUUCACAAACAUAAAGGCUGGCGCGGGACAAGCCCCUGUCGGCACUGCCCCUGCUGCAAGCAACAACAUUUUCGGCCACCUGUCUGAUGCCAGUUCUGCCCAGAAUAGCGGAGUCGACGCUGAUAGUGAUAGCGAUGCUGAUUCAGCGGAAGACGAAAGCGCCGGUGCAGAACAGAGCGAGGAGCCCAGUGCCGAAGCCAGCGUAGUCGAGGAAGCGACGGCAUCUACAGCUGCUGGCGAUUCCACGCGCGAGAGCACCCCGGCCCGCAGCCUCUUCGACCGCGUAACCAAGGGCACCGAUGGUGAGCCUGUUCGUGCUGCUGAACCUGAGAAGUCUGUUGCCGAGUCUCCUGCGCCUGCCGAUAAGACUUGGAACCCCAGCACCACGCCUAUGAAGUUUGCUCCAUCAGGCUCGCAGGCUAGCAAUCCCUUUGGCGGCUCACAGACCUCCAGCGCGUCUGGCCUGUUCGGUGCAAAGACCGCAGCUCCAGCUACCUCAAACCUUUUCGGUGCUCCCAAAUCUGCAGAGACUAGUGACAAGACUGCCGCUCCUGCUUUUAGCACUAGCAGUAUCUUUGCCCCCAAGAGCACCGCCCCAUCCAACAUAUUCGGUGCCAAGCCAGCCACUACUGACAAGCCUGCGACCCCUACUGCUGACUCUAGCAAGGAUGGAGGCGAGUCUGACAAGGAGAAUGACUCCCAACCUUCCAAGAAGCCCGCGUUUGACUUCAAGCCCUCUGGUAUGACCUCAUCUUCGGGACUCUUCGGUGCUAAGCCUGCUGCCUCUACUUCCGACACGGCUACCGAACCGGCCAAGUCCGCUGCGAACAUGUUUUCUGCGGCUGCUGCUAAACCAGCGGCCGCAAACCUGUUCGGCAGCGUGGACGAAGCCAAAGAGCCCACACCCGUGACGCAGUCGUCGACACUUUUUGGCGCUAUGCCUUCUGAGACAGCCAAAGCUGCUUCCACUGAGGCUUCCGCACCGACCUCCAGCGCGCCACUGUUUGGUGCUCCCUCGCAGUCAAACCUCUUUGGCGCUUCUGCUGCUCCUUCUCAGUCACUGUUCGGCGCUACUGCGCCUAAGACUGAUGCACCUGUCACUGCUCCUUCUCAGCCACUGUUCGGCGCUACCGCGCCUAAGACUGAUGCACCUGUCACUGCUCCCGCCGCUGCCGCACCCAUCUUCAGUUUUGGCGGGAACUCGAACUUGUCGGCCACGCAGUCCGCUUCUGCCAAGCCCGCCUUUGCACCCAAGUCGCCCGAGGGUAAUGCCAUGUUUGGCAGCCCGAUGAAGCAAGACGACCAGUCUCCCGCGAGAAAAAUGUUCACUGGAGGAACUUCGUCUGCACCCGGAUCUUUCACCACCUUUGGAGGCGCAACUAGCGCAGCCCCCGUAAAUUUGUUUGGAGGUGCUGUUGGCGGCAACGUCACGACGAGUGGCAACACAUCAGUUUCUUUCGGAGCUGUUCCUGCCACCAACAGUGGCUCGAGCAGCUUCAACUUUGGCUUUUCAGGUGGAGGUCCCAGUAGUGCCGAUGGCAAAAGUCCCAAUACCAGCUUCAACAAUCCCUUUUCCAGCAAUACUGGCGGCAACCUUCAUUCUGUCAACCCUGCGAGUACCGGCAUGUUCAACUUCGGUAGUGGUGCUGCAGCGCCAGCAUCGGGACCAUCUACAACCUUCCAGUUUGGGGGAGGCACAACAAGCGUUUCUGCUCCUAAUGGGGGAGGAUCUACGUUUGGAGGCAGCAACCAGGCUUCCGGCAGCUCGACGCCCCUUUUUGGCGGCGCGUCUGCGGGCGGUGCUCCAGCCUUUAACUUUACAGCUGCCUCUCCCGCUCAGCCGCAGGGUGGCAACGUAUUUGGCUCGAGCCAGGCCGCACCAUCCUUUGGUGCCAGUUUGCAGCCUCCAAUUGGUGGAUCCUCUACCACCGGGACCAACUCGCCGUUAAACCUGGGAGGAGGCUCGAGUUUGGCGACAACGCCAGGUGCAGGCACUCCGGAGCCCAGUGCCCAAGUCGAAGCGAACGAGAACGGUCACGACGAAGAAGGUGAAAAGCAUGAACAGAUCAAUCUCACAGAAGGUGCCGAACCUGAGGAAGAGGCUGUGCAUGAAGUGCGGGCCAAGGUGCUUGGAUAUGUUUCAUCCGACGAGAAACCUGACGGUGAAGACAAGCCUAAGCCCAAAAGUCCAUGGACGACAAAGGGAGUUGGAUUGCUGCGUGUGCUGAAACACAAGGAGACAAAUGCGGUUCGUCUGCUGCUGAGAGCUGAGCCAAGAGGCAAUGUUGCCCUCAACAGGACGCUGUUACCGGACAUCGCAUACAAGGGAGAUGACAAGUACGUGCGCCUGGUGACUUCGAACGAGACUGGCGACGGACUGGAGACUUGGAUGCUUCAGGUCAGAAACAAGGAUGUGGCCAAGACGUUGGCCGAGGCUUUGGAGGAACACAAGGUGCAUAAUAAGACGGAUGAGUAA